AUGUCAAUAUCUCCGCAGCGCCUGGAAUUCUUUGCCAAGGUAUUCGGUAUCGCGCCGCCGUAUACGCGAUGGAAACCUGGUCACGACUGGCUUGGCCAAGCACAUACUAUCGUCUUGAAUGCCGAAGCCGAGGAGGGCUGGAUUGGAAAUGUGGAAGAGCCAUCGGAAGAGGGCCUCGGCUGGAGAGCUCAUAUCCUUGAGCAGACGCAAGCCGCCAGGAUCGAUGAAUCCUCUUCGACAAUGCCUAUACCCCUGCGUCUACCUGAAUUAUCACCUGUCAGGAACGAUGAGAAGACGAUCAAGGUCCUGCUCAAAUGCCUACAGGCAAUCCCCGGGUCAAUCAUCCCCAACUACGAGCUCGACCGAAUUGAUCACAGGCCGGGAGACAUACUCUUGAUGGGGCUUCUAACGGCUUACCUCCACCGUUAA